AAAAUAGAAUUUGGGUUGCAGUUGUUGACACUAGCUAGGUAUAUAUAUCGAAAUGCCCACAGUGCCCUCGUCGCAGGCUUUACUCUUCUUCACAGUUCACUGAGCUUCGUUGAGUUUGUUCAACCUUUUUGAAUCAAGCAUGCAACAGGGUGGAGGAUCUGAAACGGAGGUGACAUGGGAAGACCAGCAGAACAUCAACAAAUUUGGCAGAUUGAAUAACCGGUUUCACGAGCUCGAGGACGAGAUCAAAUUCGCCAAGGAAUCAAAUGAGAAUCUGGAGGAUGCAAGCAAUGAGUUGAUUCUCACUGAUGAGGAGGUGGUCCGGUUCCAGAUAGGUGAAGUGUUUGCCCAUGUGCCAAAAGAAGAAGUGGAGAGCAGGAUUGAAGAGAUGAAAGAGGUGACGAGCAAAAAUUUAGAGAAACUUGAGGAAGAGAAGGAAUCUAUUCUUGCACAGAUGGCCGAAUUGAAGCAAAUUUUGUAUGGAAAGUUCAAGGACUCCAUCAAUCUAGAGGAGGAUUAAACGCAGGACUUGUGUUUCUGUAGUUCGGUUUUUCAAAUGAUAAAGGAUUUGUUGUUGAUAUGAUUUUCCUUCUUGUUCUUUAAAGGAAUUGUUAACUUAUAUUUUUAAUACAUGAAGAAACUUGUUCCUACCA